CUCGAGGCUAAUGCUUCUUAGAGGAGGACGAGUGAUAGAUCCUAGCAGCGGCUUGGACGAUGAGUGCGAUGUGCUCAUCGAAGACGGCAGAAUCGCCGAAAUUGGACGAGAUCUCGACGGCCAAGAAGCAUUUGAUUGCACAGGUUUCUUGGUCGUCCCUGGGUUGAUUGAUCUGCACGUGCACGGAUACCAGUAUGCCACGCCCUUGGGUAUUGAUGUGGAUCACUAUUGUUUGGGACGAGGUGUGACGACGGCAGUUGAUGCUGGCAGUGCUGGAGCGAGCACGCUUCUUGGCUUGAGGAAGUACGUGAUAGAAAAAUGCUCUACGAGGUUACUGGCAUUCUUGAACAUUGCCCAGCAUGGUCUGGCAUCAGCUGGAUGCGUACAAGCGGGACGAGGAGGUGAAUUGGACAGCCUCAAUCAAGUGUCAACUGAUGCCUGUAUCGAUGGCAUAUCGUCAAACCGAGAUAUCGUAGUUGGAGUCAAAAUAAGGCUGGCAGAAGAUGUUGCAGAUGGCGGUAGGAAUGAAGUGGAGGCAUACAGGAGAGCAAUUCUAGCAGCUCGCAAUUGCGGUGUUCCAAUCAUGACGCAUCACGCUUUCUCGUCAAUCCCGGUGACUGGUCAGUCAUCCGAGGUAUUGUCAUGUCCCGGAAGUCUUGCGCGUGGUGACAUUUACACUCAUUGUUUCCAUGGAUUUUCAUCUUGUAUUGUUGACCCGCACACUGGACACAUCGACUCGGGAGUUUGGGAGGCAAAACAGCGAGGCGUUUUGUUCGAUAUUGGACACGGUAUGGGUUCAUUCAACUGGACAGUUGCUGAGAUAUGUGCAAAGUCGGGUUUUUGGCCUGACACUGUGAGCACAGACCUACAUACAGACAGUCAAGCAGGACCAGCCUACGACCUUCCUACAGUUAUGUCUAAAAUGUUGUGCGUUGGCAUGCCGCUGAACGAGAUCCUAAGGUCCGUGACGUCUACUCCUGCAUUCGCUAUCGGCUGGCAAGACCGCAUAGGAUCUCUCAAGGUCGGACGGGAAGCCGACGUGACUGUUUUGUCUUUGGAAUCGUGUCAUUUGUACAUAGAAGACUGUCAGGCACAGCAAAGACUUUUGAAACAGAAGUUUGUUCCGAAAGCUGUCUGGCGAGCGGGACGACGCGGUUUUCUGACGGAACCUGAGGUGCUUCCCAAUCAGGACAGGGUACCUGAACUGGCAAAGAGUUGGACGAAUGCUGUCGUCAGAGAUGCGAUUGCUCCCAUAACGGUAACUGAAGACAAAUAGAUUGAACAUUAGCUGAUUAAUAACAAUGAAUUCACUUGAAUUUAUACAACUUGCACGCGUUGGCACAAUAAGUGCACGUUGGCACGCAAUUAGUGCCAACAAGCUGACAGUGUCCGUCAACUUGAUUUGAUAUUAAUCGUUAUAGCGGUAACAUUUAUUGAUGUGGACUUUCAGGGAGAUAACUGAACGGCUUGAAUUGCA